AUGCAACCAAGAAAGAAGGCAAGAUACACGUAUCAACACGAAUGGUGUCCUACUAGGUUGCCGUUGGGUACCUCCUUGGAGAAUCUUAGCACAAGUCAUCCAAUGCCUGUGAUUGGCUCUUCAGCACCUCUUGGAGUUGACAAUGAAAAUGCUAUCAGUCGUUGGUUGGAUGAGGAAGAAGCGCUUAUCAGUAAUGAUGAAAACAAGGCGUCAAGCUCCAUGGAUGCACUCCACCAGUUUCGGUCAUUCAGCACGCAACCGCCUGCUCAGCCAAGUGCGCAACAUCAUCGAUCACCAAUGACACAAUCAAUUGCACCGCUUACUCAAUCAAUAGCAUCAUCCUAUCAGCAACAACAACAACGACAACAACGACAACUAGGAUCCAAUGGUGUACAGCUGCGUUCGCCCAACGAGAUUGGCUUACCAUAUCGAAAUGUCUUCAAGUUUAAAUUUUUCAAUGCGAUGCAAUCAUCCUGCUUCGAUCAAGCUCUAUACACAGAUACCAACAUGGUCAUUUCAGGCAAGUAUCCAAACGCUGUAUUUGUCUCACAAAGUUGCUUAUCCAUAUUUGUUUCGCCAGCACCCACUGGAUCAGGCAAGACGGCGUUGAUUGAGCUCGCAAUGAUACGCGUACUGUCCUCUGUCAAAAGCGAGGGGAAGAUCAUAUACAUGGCGCCAACCAAAGCCUUGUGCUCGCAAAAAGCAAAAGAAUGGUCUCAAAAGUUCAAAUGCCUUGGAGCGACAUGCAAGGAGUAUACCGGUGACACAGAUUUCGCUACUGUGAGUGCCAUCAAAAGUAGCACGAUCAUUGUAACGACACCCGAAAAAUGGGAUUCAAUGACACGACGCUGGAAAGACCACAAGCAACUCAUGAGCUUGAUAAAGCUAUUUGUGAUCGAUGAAGUCCAUAUCCUCAACGAAGAUCGUGGUGCCGUUCUUGAAGCAUGCGUGAGUCGUAUGAAGACCAUGCAGCACAAUAUUCGAUUUCUUGCCAUAUCAGCAACGGUGCCAAAUGUGAAUGAUAUUGCAGAAUGGCUUCAGGGCGAGGCUCUCACCUUCUCGGAAGAAUUCAGGCCAGUGAAACUUGAAAGGAUCGUCUACGGCUUUCCAUUCAGCGGCGACAACAUGUUCGUGUUCGAUAAAAGGCUCGAUUGGAAGCUAUUGGAGAUGAUUGAAAACCACAGCAAUGACAAGCCGGUAUUGAUUUUUUGCUCGACACGCAAAUCCGCCCAGGGAGCUUGUGAGACGCUUUGCAAAUUGAUGGAUAGCAAAUCCAUUGCGACUUUGGGUUCCAAUGCCUAUAGACCAGAUACCGUUGAUGUCAAGGACAAAAAGCUAAAGGAGCUCUUCAAACGUGGUAUUGGAUAUCAUCAUGCUGGAUUGGAUGCAAAAGAUCGAGCUGCGGUGGAAGGACAAUUCACAGAUAGGCGUAUCCGGGUUGUAGCAACAACGUCGACAUUGGCUUUGGGAGUCAACCUGCCUACUUAUCUUGUCAUUAUCAAAUCGACAAAAUGUUAUCAAAACGGUUCUAUGGUGGAUUAUUCUGAUAUCGAGCUUUUACAAAUGAUUGGUCGUGCCGGUAGACCUGGUAUGGAGGAUGCUGGUUGUGCGGUGAUCAUGACAACAGCCGAAAAGGAAGAGCGUUAUAAGACUAUCGUUGAUGGUACAGCACCUAUCGAAAGCUGUCUACAUCUUAACCUGAUCGAGCAUUUGAUGAGUGAGAUUUGCCUCGGAACAAUAAGCGACAACGAGUCCCAAAGCAAAUGGUUGCGGUCUACGUUUCUUCAUGUGCGAGUACAAAAGAAUCCGAAUCACUACAACAUCCAUAAUACAUCAUCCAUCCGGGGAUCAGCAGCAGCGGCAGCAGAAGAGAUCUUGCAAGUUAUUGGCCAAAAGUGCUUUGAUGAUUUGGUGGAAACCAAUCUGGUUGGGAAACGAAGAAACCCUGGACAAGCUUCCAACAGCUAUAACGCCACAGCGUAUGGCGAUGCAAUGGACAAGUAUUAUAUAAAGUACAAUACGAUGAAGACCAUCAUGGCGUCAAGCUCAUGCAGCUCAGUACGGGACGUGCUCGAAUUGGUGUCACAUGCUGAAGAAUUCGCUUCCAUGAGGUUUACUACCGGAGAGAAGCCGUUUCUCAACUCGCUCCAAAAGAAUCCCAAUAUUCGUUUCCCUACUACCACUGGAAAGGUGUCUUCUAUAGCUGACAAGAUAUUCUUGGUCAUCCAAUGUGUCUUUGGCGAUAUUUCUUUGUAUAACACAUCAGUCGGGAGCAAUCUCGCCGUAUCGAGCGUGCAAAUAUUGCAUCAAGCAUCACGUAUUACAAAAUGUAUCAUUGACUGCAGCAUUCAUGAGAAAGAUGCCAUCAAGCUGAAACAUGCACUUGGAUUACACCAAAGUCUCCAGGCUAAAAUGUGGCCCAGCUCGUCGUAUGUGACCAGGCAGAUUGAUAAGAUAGGCAAGCAAAUGUCGACGUCCCUUGUCAAAGCGGGUGUUACGAGUUUUGAGCAUCUUCGGCAGUUGGAUGCAGGCCGUAUUGAAUUGAUCCUUCACCGCAAUCCUCCCUUUGGAAAUCAGAUCAAGGAUGCUGUGGAUACUUUGCCAAUGUUCGACUUGGUUAUGCAAGCUAUUGAUAGCAAGAACAAAGCCCACAACAAACGAGUGACAUUGCAGCUUGAUGUUUCGGUUUCCAACAGCAAGACCAUUCCUUAUCGAAGAUUCGGGAAAGGAUGCUAUGCACAAGUGUGGACGGAGACGGAUCAGCAUCAAUUACUCGAUUUCAGACGCAUAUCCGUUCAGAAGCUUCAAGAAAAGAGUCAACGUUUCUACAUAAGCACUGAGAGAUGUUCUCAACCGACAAAGAUCACCUGCUAUGUGCAAAGCGAGGGCUAUGUUGGAUUGGAUAUCUCAAGGACUUUGCUCAUUGAUGGAUCUACAAGCGAAGCACCCUCCAAUGGUGUUCAAAUGGCAAUGCAGCCAAAAGAUGAUCAGCACGUUGUUACCACGGAGAAUCUCAUUGGAGUUGAUGUGCCCUUCUUUGAUGAUAUCAGCUUCGAUUCGGAUACAUGGCUUAACCUCUCUGCUGGCAACACGCCACCCGUGUCACGAGAGAAUGGUGAUUCGACCUUGACAGCGGCUCCUGGAAACAGCAAGAACGCGAACAACAAAGUCUCUGAUACCGCUACCACUACGAAGGGGAAGGAAAAGGCACGAUCUUCUCGACGCAGGAAAGGAAAAGAACCACAAGAGUGCAAGCACAAAUGCCGCAACAAAGAAACUUGCAAACAUAGCUGCUGCAAAUUCAAAGUUGAGCCCACGAUUAUCCAAUUGGAUGACACGCCAAUCGCAACACCAAAACCGACACAAGAAGAGCUGCUCUAUGAAUGGGAUAGCCUGAUGGAUGACCUAAGUAUAGCUCUUACGCCAAUGCUAGCAACAACGAGUAUUGAUAUCCCGCAAUCAUCACCACAACAACCAACAACACCAUGGCAUUCUAUCCCGGCUGAAGAUCCUCUUUCAGAUCAUGACGAAGACUGGCAACAAUUUAUUGACGAGAUAAUGAAAGAAGCUGAAAAUAAGGCGUCAACAGAAAUAUCGACACCCGCAAAUACGAUUGUCUUGUCGGAUGGUCCUUCGUUGUUGGAUGAGGGUAUCGAUGAACGAGUGCCAGUGUUCAAUAUUGAGGAUCAACCACAGCCACGAAAUCCAACACGUUAUGCAUUUUGGGAUAGCAUUGGUGACUAUGCAUAUCGCACGCUCAAUUCUCAACGAAAUCCUGAUACCACAACAAGGUCCAUAAAUGUCUCGACAUCGACAUCAUCAUUGUCACGAAUGGUUCCUCUUCCAACUUCCGCUAUAGGUCGUAUGAUCGCUAGCACCACAGCCAAGAAUGACAACACAACGCACCAACAACAACAACAAGCAUCAAAGCAAAAAAGUAAUCGUAGUAAUAGUAUUCCAACACGACGGCUAGAUGAAAACGCUACCAUUGUACCUUCCACACAACCCGAUUGA